ACACAAAACUAAGAAAGGAAGUACAAGACGUCCUUAAUGAUAAGGCGGAAAAGAUUGAUAGUACAGAAAAGCAAGUUGAAGAAAUACAAAAGGCUCUUGAGCAGAGGUAUGAACAUUCGAUACUUUGUGAUGUCUUUUGUGCAUAUACUUAUUUAACAAAUUAAUUUAUUAUGAUCUGUUAUUUAGUGAAGAAGAACGUAAAAAUGCCGAACUCGCCAUCAUGAAUAUCAAAGAAGAGUAUGAAGAUGAAAUCCAAAAACUGAAAUCUGAAUUACAAGAUGCUGAGGAUCGAGAACUUGAGCUUGAAAUGUAUUCAGUUCUUAUUAAAGAAAGAUAUACUGUUUGCGAAUCAUUAACUAAUGAUCUAGAAAAGAAACUCGUUGGAUGUGAAGAAGUUGUUGAUGAUCUUGAGAAAGAACUUAAUGAUUGUGAGUCUCAAAUAAGUAUUUUAGAAACGAAACUCGCAGAACGUGAUGCUCUGGUGGUGGACCUCAAUAAGAAACUCGCAGAACGUGAUUCUCUGCUGGUGAACCAUAAUAAGAAACUCACGGAACAUGAUUCUCUGGUGGCAGACCAUAAUAAGAAGCUCGCAGAACGUGAUUCUUUGGUGGUGGACCUCAAUAAGCAACUUACGGAACGCGAUUCUCUGGUUGCGGAUUUAAAUAAAAAACUCAGAGAACGUGAUUCUCUGGUAGCGGACCUCAAUAAGAGACUCACGGAACGUGAUUCUUUGGUAACGGACCUCGAUAGGAGACUCACAGAACGUGAUUCUCUGGUAGCAGACCUCAAUAAGAGACUUACAGAACGUGAUUCUCUGGUAGCAGAUCUCAAUAAAAGACUCACAGACCGUGAUCCUCUGAUAGUUGAUCUCGACAAAAAAUUAGCAGAUCGUGAUAUGAAUUUUCAAAAGAAACUUGCAGAGCGUGAUUCUCGAGUUGAGGAUCUCGAACGAAGGCUUUCAGAACGUGAAUCUACAGUAAUUAAUUUCGAAAAGAAAAUCGCGAAUGAUAAGUCAUAUUUUAAGAAAGUCAAAGAUAAAAUGCAACUAAAUGAAAAAGUAAAGGUAAGAUUUCACAUAAUUUGUUUAAAGGUCCUGAUUUGUGAGUUGGUGGUUAAUCUUGUAUGUCCAACAUUUAAUUUUGGACAAAAGACAAUAUCAUUAUAAUUAUUAUUUCAUAUUUCAUUUUAAAGAUAAGUGUUUUAAAAUUUAAAAAUAUUUAUAAUAUUAAUCUUUUACUAUUUUAAUGAUUAAUUUUAAUUAAUGUUAUUUAGGAAAAACGGAUUUCAUUUUUGGAAAGUGAGAUAGUCAGACUACAAAAAGUAAAGACUGUAGAGAACAAUAGUAUGCAAUCAACGAGUACAAAAAAUAACGAUGAAGCAAUUUCCACGGCGUCUACUCCUGAACCAAUGGAAGUAGCAGACUGAGAACUUUUUGAUUGAAU